CUGAAACGUUCGAUUAUACAUUAGUCGCCAGGAACUAGUGACGAGUGGACGUUCGGAUAGGAAGAUAGUGGGAUAUUUUAGUAAAGAGAGGAAAAUUUGAAGCUUUCCGGUGAUAAGAUGUUGAAGUUUGUGAUUUUGGGUUUGUUGGCUUGUAGCCAGGUCGCCCUUUCGAUUCCGGUCGGAGCCCCAUCAUCCGCUGACUCCGCCGCCGAGCCCCAGAAUCAGGAUGACCUUGCCGUCCUGACGGAGUUCGAUCGCCUGUUCAACCAGCUGCACUACGACAUCGACUACAAGCUGCGCAUCUAUCGCAUGAACCACUCCCGGGACCUGAAGAACCUGAACGCGCAGUUUAUCUCCCGGUACGCGUUCGUCAUUACCGACAUCCAGCACAAGAAGCAAGAGGUCAAGAAUGCCAUCCUGGAGCACGCGCUAGACAUCGGAGACACCCAAAACCCGUGCAUCGUGGAGAAGAACGACGAGGCGAUCCGUCGGGCUACGCAGGCCGCCCGGGACCUCAGUGUGGCCGCGGAGAAGAUCUACGGCGAAAUGGCCACCAUUGUGCGGAUCUACUUCUACCCGAUCGUGAAGGACUUCCAGCAGACGUCCAGCGAGUUCCAGUGGGCUGUGCUGGACGUGCUGUCGCAGGAUAACGUGGUGACCGGGCUUCAGCUGGCCCUGGCGGACUUGGCCUUCAAGUACAUGGCCAACGCCAACAUGGUGGACCGGGUGGUUGACAAUCUGGACUACGAGCUGGAGGGCUUCCAGGACAUUAUCAACUCGCUGCGCCGUGGGGUGUUCAAGGAGAUUGACGACAUCGGACGGAACUACCUGUUCAACAUGGAACAACUGCUGACCGAUGCGUUGGAGUGCGAGGUUUAGAGGUGGUUAUCUAGGUGCUCUUAGAUGAAGGGUUCAAUAAAGAAAUGAUUUAGCCGAAAAUAGAA